GCCACAUGUACAUUUUCAAGUCCUCGUUAGUUGUCGCUGAAGCGUUAUUCGGAAGAAUUCUAUCGAGUAUAUCCGUAGGUAGUGUGAUUGCAUUAUUGUCAAUUUUAGUUUAAAAAUGACUGGAGUAAAGGUUCUAAACCGAAACAAAAUAAAUAGAAUUUUAUUAUUUCGAUCUUAGAGGUAUUCCAUUUCAAAAGUUGCGGAGUUAGUUAAUCGAAGUCGUGCGGUAGUACCUACGCGUUUUAUUACAAAAUCCCGAGAAUUUCGGGAAAAAGAAAACCUAGUGAACGUCCACGUGUGCUAACAGAUCGACAGAAACGAGGCAUUGCGGGCGAAGCUUCCAAUUCUAAAAAGGAUGCAGGGGAAAUUGCAAAAGCAGCAGGCGCAGUGACAAAUAAAAAGCUUGGUCGUUGCAACGAACCACGGAACGUUCUCGAAGAAAUUGCGAACGUGACGAAAAGUUUCCAGCGAUGUAGUUCGAUCGAACGAAAGGAAGAAGUGUCCCGCGCGAUUCUGGGGCGUUGAUUCCGAUGAGGAUUGUCGGAAGCAUCGAGGAAACGACCGUGACGGCGAACAGAAGCAUCCUUGUCCCCGUUCUGAACGACGAAUAUCUGAAAAUAAUUUCCCGAGAAUCUUUAGAAAACCAACAUUUACAAUACUGGCGACCGAGUGAAAUCUUUUAUUGACCAACAAUUUUUGGAGGGCUAUUAUUUCCUUUGUACCAGAUCCUCUAUGAAAAUUAAUGAGUCGAGAUUACAAAGAUGCUCCAACGUUCAACAUCUACAACUAGAACACGGAAAGCGGCGGAUUCCAAAAUUCGCCGCGUGGAACGGUUUCUAUAAAGUUUUACGAACUUAAAAUGGAACCAAAUUCUUAUUAAAAAUGCAAUACGAUCUACGAAUUCCUAAAUUGCGUUCCUCAGUUUCAACAGAAACGAUAUAAUUAUAUGCACUUCGAAAUCAAAGAGAAAUUAGAAUUUCUCGCAAAUCCCGCACGCAGAAAAUUAUAAAAAGAAUUCAACGACGAAUCGUUGUAAGAAGGAUCGAUGUAUAAAGUGAUUUCGUUUCCAUGAAACUUCAAAUAAAGCCAGUUUCUUGUUAAAAAUGCAGUGCAAUUUACGAAUUCCUAAAUUGUGUUCUCCUUUCCAAUAGAAACAAUAUAAUUACAUGCGCGUCGAAGUAAAUGGACAAGCUUUAAAUUCCUUGCAAGUUUCGUAUGGAGUAAAUUAGGAAGAAAAUUUAACAAGGAUUAGUUGUAAGGAGAAUCAAUAUAUAAGGAGGGUUCCGCUCUCUUGAUUAAAGUGGAAGAAACCGUGAAUGGUAUUAUCGUUUUAUAGGAGCAAGAAAACGAUGAGGAAUGUAUAUUAAAAUUCUAGAUAGAUGAUACGACGCGCAGGGAAUGAGAACCAACACAAAGCGUUAACCCCCGGCAGAGACUAAAAAGGGAAAGUGCGAAGGAAAAACGGACGAGGUAGUAGAGGAAAAACGAAUCGUGACAACAGUUCUCGCCUCCGUCUUCGUCGCUGGUCUCUUAAGUAUUUUCAAACGUAUUGGAAACGAACAAAAGAACAGACUAAAAUUGAGUGAAGUUCGCGCUAAAUCGAGAUGUCCACCGAUCGGACUCGGGGAAGAAAGUCAACUGUAAUUUACUGUGAAUUCCAGGGAGGAUUUCUUCAACAAUACCGGAACUUUUCCAGGGCUAAUUAUCCAUGGAACUCGGGAUCUUAGAAACAGACAGAACAAUGGAAAAGAUGUUGGUUUUAUUACAGGAAAAAUUAUUUCUGAAACUUUGUUGUUCAUUAGUUGGUUAUUAUGAGUGACUAACGCUGUUUGAUACCAAAAGUUAGCUCAAAUUAAUUGGCAAAAGAUGUUAUUGUCAACGAAAUUUGGGUUUCAAGAAUUUCGAAGAAUUCGGAAAACCAAACACUGAUUUUCCUAUGAAGAAAUUGUUUAAAAAUAAAUCAGAAUUUGGAGACUUGAUUAUUCAACUAUAAACGAUAGUAUACAAAGAAGAGGACAUGUUUGUAUAGCGUUGAUUGGUAUUUAAAGAGCCAGAAGUAAGUCUAGCAGGGCAUUAGCCUUCCUAUUAAGGAUACGACAAGAAAGUGAAAGUGAACAUCAUUGACAUCGUAAUAUUUCUAUUGCAUCUGCAUUUGUGUAAAAACAGUGAAGCGAUUCCAUAGGCUUUGAGUAGCCAUUAAGUAACUAAAUAAAUGAAAAUGUGAAAUUAAUUUUAUAAUGAUAUCAACGUCGCGUAGUUUCAAUAUAUUGUCAUAAUAAUAAAUAAAAUAUGAAAUUAAAGAAUAUUUGUAACCAUUACACGCCACACAACGUAAUACACAAAUAUUAAAUUACAUAAACGUGAAACUCUAAAUUUAUUUUUAAGAAUCGGUUAAAAUAUUUUUAUUUCCAUUCAAUUUUUGUCAUAUUAAUUAUCUUAUUUAAUAAAUAAUAAAUAAUAAAUAAUAAAUAAUAAAUAAUAAAUAAUAAAUAAUAAAUAAUAAAUAAUAAAUAAUAAAUAAUAAAUAAUAAAAUAAUGGUUUUCUUAUUAACGAAACAAUACAACAAAAUUCAGGAAGUGUACACUUAUAUAUUAACUUAAAUGUUAUCAACGUAACACGUAAACUUGAAUAAGAAUAUACAAAUAUAAAAUAAAAUCAUUUCUCUCGAACUAAAUCGCUUGAUAUAUUGUUUCUGAUAAAUAGUUAACUGAGAUAUUAAUGGAAGACAUGCAGGCUAUCGACGUCUUUGCGAACACUACGCUCGAUCCUUGGAAUACCACGCUAUGGAUAGACAAUUACACCUAUUACAACACCAGCAAUAUCACGGAUUUACAAUUGAGAAAUCAAUUUAUACUUCCAUGGUGGAGGCAAAUGAUUUGGACGUUACUGUUCGCGGGAAUAAUUAUCGUUGCCACCAGCGGCAACCUAAUAGUGAUUUGGAUUGUUUUGGCGCAUAAAAGAAUGCGCACAGUCACCAAUUAUUUUCUGGUAAACUUGAGUAUCGCGGACGCGAUGGCAUCUACUUUGAACGUCACCGUCAAUUACAUCUACAUGUUGAAUAGCCACUGGCCUUUCGGCACCCUCUAUUGCAAGAUCUGCCAGUUCAUUGCAGUGCUCACUAUAUGUGCCAGCGUCUUCACGUUAAUGGCGAUUUCCAUUGACAGAUACAUGGCCAUUGUGAACCCAUUGAAGCCACGUAUGGGUAAAAGAGCUACACUCUGCGUAGCGACCAUCAUUUGGAUCGUAGGAGUAAUACUUUCAUUGCCGAUGCUGCUUUUCUACACUACAUUUACAGAGAAUUUUGCAAACGGCGAAGUCCGAGUAAUUUGCUACAGCGUCUUUCCCAACAGUGACGACAAUGGUCCCAGCUACGACGAAUACCUGUACAAUGUUAUAUUCAUGAUACUGACAUACUUCUUACCAAUUGGAUCAAUGACAUUUACAUAUGCCAGAAUUGGUUUGGAAUUGUGGGGUUCACAAAGUAUCGGCGAAAACACAGCAGGACAAUUGGAGAGUAUACGGAGCAAACGAAGGAUUGUAAAAAUGAUGAUCGUGGUAGUGGUAAUAUUUGCAGUAUGUUGGCUACCAUUUCACGUGUAUUUCAUCAUAACAUCGUACUUGCCUGAGAUUACGAACGAACCUUACAUCCAAGAAGUGUACUUAGGCAUCUAUUGGUUGGCGAUGUCUAACAGCAUGUAUAAUCCAAUCAUCUACUGCUGGAUGAAUUCCAGAUUCCGACGAGGGUUUGCGCUUUUCUUUUCCUGGUGCCCGUGGAUACGGACGCCCUUAGAGCCGGCGUUAUCUCGAUCAGAAGCGGUAACAUCCCGAUAUAGUUGCACCGGAAGUCCACAGACAAACACCAGGAUGUCUCGGAACGGCACGACACGAAUACCGUUGUACCAGCAAUCAGCGAGAGGAGGAAACGAUCACUUUUUGCCUCAUCAUCGGGGAAGAAAAUGGAAAGACGUGCGAACUAGUGGGCACGUUUCUUGACAAGAGGAGGAAAAUUCUCAGCAACAACGAGUACAUACUUGGAUAUAAGGUUACAUAUCUUAAGCAGUCGUCUUCAGCAAGAUUCACCGAAUACAAAAGAAAACUACCGAUCCUCUUUCACUAUUUCGACGCCCGUUAUUGAUUACAAUGAAAACUCAAAUACCGUCACCUUUAAGAGACACGAAUUUUAAUUAUGUGUCAAGGAUUAUUUAAAGUUUCUGUUUCGAUGUAAAUAUUAAUAUAUCGAAGUCCAAAACGAGUGUAAUGAUGACAGAUAAUAACGCUAGACGUAAUCAUACAUUUUUUGUUUCCUUAGAACACAAACGAGCGUAUUACAAAAAAAAAGGACUGAAAAUGAGUUUGCCUUUUUGUUGAGUCGUACAAUUUGUAAUAUUGACGAAAACCCUAUCGUUACUAUACCACCUAUUAUUAUUAAAAGUGACUAUAGUCACCGAACAUUCGGCACUUGCUACUAUUUAUUUCAUCUACUAAGUACUUUUUGUAUGCUAACGGUAAAUAUAGUUAUGUGCUGUCUCAUUACGUAGGAACUUUUGUUAAGCUUAAUUUAAAUUUUGAGUAUUCUAACAUGUAAUUAUUUAUAAUCCGUUGUAUACUAAUUUGAAAUAGUACGAAUAAUAAAAUCAACAAUUUGCAUAAUAUAACAAAAUAGCAAAUGUUAUUUAAGAGAAAUAGAAGUUAGAAUCGCUCAACGUACAAUUUCAAGAGUUAAAACCAGUUUCAUCAGUAUCGUUUCCCCAUAUUCAUAAUUUAAUCUACGCAUAACGGACCAAUGAUCUAAGUAUGAACAUUGCUUUUCUAUCUAACUAGGAAUGAAAAUACUAACUGAAAAAAAAUUGAAAAAAUGAAAAUCUUAUUUGGAAUCAACCAGAUUAAAUGUCACAUCCUUCAAGAGAUAACACUCAAAAACCGAUUGACACAUCUCCAUGUCUUUUUAAUAAGCUUAAUCGAAAAAAUGAUAAAGAAAUGACGAAGAAAAUUUAUUAUCAAAACUCAGUUUCCGUUUGACUCUAUUGCGUUCUAAACAAACAAUUCAUCGAAUUGUGGAAAAAUUUAAUCGAUUUAUGUCAGAUCUCAUAGGUAUCGCUUGUAAUUCGUUCCACAAGAAAUAUUAAUAUUGUUUUCUAUACAACAAAAAAAUGUCAUAUAUGGAAAAGUGAAUUCACUGUAUCCGACUCGUAAAGAAACGCCGGUGUGGACACUUGAAUGCUACUGUAUCUCACGAUUAAUGUCAUAAAAUAUACUAUCUGACAAAAUGAAAAAAUUAGACAAGUAUCCAAUAAUUUGUAAUUUUAUUUUAUCUUAAGGAUGCGACAUCGAAUUUGGAUGACCUUUUAUUAACUUCUGAAAGGCGAAGGUCGUAUACCCACGUGCCGGGCAAACGACGCGCCGAAUCGAGUAUGAUCCGUAGGUUUGAAUCACGAGUGUCUUGUUGUCCGUCGGUGAAGAACUAAGGUUAAACAUUAUAACAUAGAGACUUAAAUGGGUUACUUGAUUGUAAAACAUAAGGUGCUUAAUUUUAUUACUCUUCAUGUUCCUACUUAUAUUAAUAAAUGUAAUAGUCUAUGUACCAAAUAAUACUAAUUUUCAUUGACACAGACAUUUGUUAUUUCAGAACGUAGUAUCUUAAGGAAAAAGAAAUUGUUAAUAAUAUUCUGUUAUUCAUAUGCAAUUAUGUACAAUCACUUUAUAAAAUUUAAAGUAUUAUAAAAGAAAUACCAAGCUGUACGUAUACAAUAUAAAACAAAAUAUUGUACAAUAUACUUUACUACAAAU